CCAUGUUCUUUUCUGAAAUCUGUAACCAAGUGAAGUUGAGUGUCGGCCUUUUAUCACUGUCUAAUUAAUGUUCGCAUUAUGACCGUGUUGAUUGUGCCUUUUUACAAUUAAAGGUUUAAAAAAUCUCGAACUUUUUGAUUGUGCAGUUUUUCCUCGUAUUUCUUUAUACUAUCACGCCGAUAACGUCGUUGCACCAUGACUGCUAAGAAGCCCUCGGGUACUCAUUUAAAUGAUCUUCGUGUCAUCGAUCUUAAACUUGAGCUAGAAAAAAGGAGUUUGGAAACGAAAGGCGUCAAAAAAGAACUAACCGAAAGGUUGUCCAAGGCAUUAGUUGAUGAAGGCCACAAUCCGGAGGAGUAUCUCUUUGAUCUCAAUUCUGAAAAAAAAGUCAGCGCUCGUAAAAAGGAUGAGCCAAGUGCCGAUGACAGUUUGUCCGAGAAAGAAGAUAAGGAUGCAAGUAUGACAGAGAAUGGGAAUUCAGAAGAUGCAAUCAAAGAAGAAGAGGUAGAAGAAAAAGCUGAUGAACCAGAACCUAAGAUUAAGAAAGAGGAGAAGAAAGUUACUAAGGAGGAUGUGAAGGUAAUAGAAGUCGAAGAAGUUAAAAAGGAAAAUGGCAGUAGCAAGAAAAAAAGCGAUGAGGAUGUAGUUGUUAAGGCAGAACAGUCUGAAGAAGAAGAUUUGGAGAAGAAAGAAAAGGAGUCUGAAAAAAGUGAAAAGCCAGCAGCCUCUGAAGAUUCUGAUAAAAUAGAGGAUGACGCAUCUGUAAAACAAGAUAAAGAAGCUCCAACGGAGAAUGAUCAAAAUAAGGAUUCUAAAGAAGUUGCCUCUACCAAAGGCACAGCUGAUGAUGAUGAUUCUAUCAUGUUGAAUAUUGAAGAAGAUGAGAAAUUACUGCUUGGAGAGGAGGACGGUGAUUCCGAAAAAGCUCAGAAGAAUAAAGAUGAAGAAAGUCCUGAGGGUGUGUCAGCAAGCAAAGAAGAAUCGAAUGAAGAGAAGAAGGAGUCAAGUAAAAGUGAAAUGGAUGUCAAGAAGAAUGUUGGCGUCGAAGAAAAGGGUGAUGAAGAAGUACAGAAUACUCAGAGGAAUGAAACAGAAGCGGGAGAGGUCAAAACAGAUAAUAAUGAGAAAAAGGAGCCAGCUGGCAACAACAGUAAAAACCUUUGGAUCAGUGGAUUAUCAUCUGCUACUCGUGCAACAGAUUUGAAGCAGAUAUUUUCCAAGUAUGGGAAGGUGAUUGGUGCUAAAAUUGUGACCAAUGCUCGCACACCAGGAGCGCGUUGUUAUGGAUACGUUACUAUGCUCACAAACGAAGAUGCUACAAAAUGUAUCCAGCAUCUUCAUCGUACAGAACUGCAUGGACGGAUGAUCUCCGUCGAAAGAGCGAAAAGUGAUGUUAACAGUGGCAAACCCAAAACAAGUGGAACAGAAGAUAAGAAGCGAGAACACACCGCUAAACCGCGAGUGGAUGACAAGGCACGCAGAGAACAUGAAGAAAAGAAAAAACGAGAGGAGAAGAAGAAGCGAGAAGAAGAGGCCAAGAAAACACCAGCUGGCGAAGCAGCACAGAAAGUUGGCACAGAAAAAGAACCUGAUGCUCCCGGAACAGAGGCAGAAGCAGCUGCAGCAGUAUCAGACUCAAGCAAAAGUUCAUCAAAGAAAGCAGAAGAUCCAAAGAGAGCAUCAAGCUCUGGAAAAGUUUCAAGUUCCAGUCGACUUUCGGGUUCUGGGAGACACUCUAGCUCUGGACAUCACUCAAGCUCUAAACAUUCGUCUGAUAUUCUUACUUUUGCUCAUAUUAAGGGAGAGCGUGAUAAGCAGAAAUUACGAGAGCAAGAAAGGAUCAAGCGCGAUGAAGAGCGUCGGCAGAGAAUAGAAAAAGAAAGACAGAGAGAAAUCAGUCGCAAGCAAAGGGAAGAAGCAGCUCGAUUAGAAAGGGAACGAGAAAAACUUCGUAUUGAGAGAGAGAAGAUUGAGCGGGAGAGAGCAGAACUGCUAAGAUUGGAGAGAGAGGCUCAAAAACUGGAACGAGAACGGUUACAGCGUGAAAAAGAAGAACUCAAAAGGGCAGCUGCAAAAUUAGAAGACGUGAAACGAACUGUCAAAAGGGCUCAGUCAAGGUCGUCAUUAGAACGUUCAAAGAAGCCAAGAGAUAGCUAUGAAAGAAGAGAGCCCACAAGAUACAAUGACAGGAUAGAGGAUAAACGUCCAAUCAAAAGGCCUAUUGAGCCACCCAGACCUCCUCCAGCAGACACCAAAAGACCAAGGGACUCAAGAUACGACAGACCAGAGUCCUCUAGAUUCAAUGAAAGGUAUGAUCGUCCUGAAAGGCCUGACCACCGUUCAGAUCACCGCCCCAGCAGAUCCGAUAGACCUAUCAGACCAGAGCGAUCAGAUCGCCCAGAACGCUCAGAUCGUCCACCAAAAACAUUCAGAAGUGGCAGUAGGGAGGAUAGAAGACCUGCUGACCGAGGCCACGGAAGCGCUCCUAUUUCACGAAGUAAACCUGAAAUACAUCACAGAAAUUUUCACGACCGCAAGGAUCACAUCGGGGACUCGGGUGGUCGUUUCAAAGAUAACUCCAGAAGUGACUGGGGCUCUACCCGAGGAACUGGUGCCUCCAGUGGUUUUGGUAAUUCUACUUCUAGUUCGUCUUGGCUCAAUUCAAAUCCUCCAGAAUCCAGAAAGGAUGGCAAUCAAUAUGUAUGGAACAAACCCAUGACUUCUCAGUCAACUGACAGGUGGCCCAGUGGUGCGCCAAUGGGAAUGAGUCGAAAUGUCAUGAAUGUUGGUAGUAAUGCUCCGUUUAAUGCACCACUUAACUCUGAUUUCUCAGGUGGAAUGUCAGGCAUGAUGAACAACACUCCUAUGUCUUUUGCAAGUGAUAGAUUUGAUGCCUAUAAAAAUAUGAAUAGUCAUACAAGCAUGAUACGAAAGUAUUAAGUCUCUUGAUUCUUUCUCAAUGUUAAUCAAGCGAUUUUUAAUUGUAGGUCAGUAAUAUGUUCACAAGCAUCAUAUAAUUCUUAUUGGUCACUUGAUCUCAUGUGUAUGUGUGUAAAUGUUUAUGCGGAACAAAUGUACAGGCUAGCCCCUGCAAAAUGCACAAUGGUUUUUAUGUAACAUUAAUUAUUAUCCUUGUGUUAAUCCUCUUAUUUGUAUAUUUGGUUUUUAAUUUUUAUAGAACGCAAUAUAUCAAUUAUCCUGAAUUU